AUGCGCUGUCGCUGUCGGUCGCCACAUUCCCCGCCUGAGGAGUAAAGCCAAGGAGGUUCCUUCGUUGUAAUUCAAAGGAGGGGGGAAAAAAAAAUCACAUUACUGUACAAAGGAGGUUUUUUGUACAGUCGUUAAAUCUGGAGACUUACCUAUAAAGGGGCGAGCUGUACUGCAAAGCCGACAUCCGAGGGAUUCUGCUGGUGGGUUGUGCUGGCACCUUCCACAAUAAGGAAGAUAUUCUGAUUCGCUUGUAACCAUGGCAACAGAAGAGAAGAAACCUGAGGCUGAAGCAACUAAAACCCAAUCUACUCCAUCAGCAUCUGCAAGUCAGAGCAAGCAGUCAGCUCCUCUGAAGCCAACGUACGCCUUGAAGUUUACGUUAGCAGGACACACAAAAGCUGUCUCGUCUGUGAAGUUCAGCCCCAGUGGAGAGUGGCUGGCGAGCUCCUCUGCUGAUAAACUGAUCAAAAUAUGGGGAGCAUAUGACGGGAAGUUUGAGAAAACAAUAUCUGGACACAAACUUGGCAUCUCUGAUGUUGCCUGGUCCUCGGACUCGAACCUCCUUGUGUCUGCCUCGGAUGAUAAAACUCUUAAAAUAUGGGAUGUCAGCUCGGGUAAAUGUCUGAAAACGUUGAAGGGCCACAGCAACUAUGUGUUCUGCUGUAACUUCAACCCACAGUCCAAUCUGAUUGUCUCGGGAUCAUUUGAUGAAAGUGUGAGGAUAUGGGAUGUCAAAACUGGGAAGUGUCUGAAGACCCUGCCAGCUCACUCUGACCCAGUCUCUGCUGUGAGUCUGUUUCCUAUUCCAUUUUCCCUCAUAACUUGUGAUUUUUAAGAGUGUGCAACUGUG